CACCGUCAACUACAGUAUACACAGCACGACCGGCGGUUCAUUACCGCGUCGUGUGUUCCGAGUGCAUGAGAUAGGCAGCUGGUCCAUCGUAACCAUGGCCGCAGUGGGUGAGUCGCGCGCGGACCGCCUGAACCAGCGCCUUCGGGGCGCCCAGUGAGUCCACAGCCCAGCCCUCGCCUCGAGCAGCUGCUAACAUCGCAGGCGCACAAACGUCGGCGAUGAAUCGUUUAGCCUUGACAUCGCGGGCCUCGGUGCCUCUAGCUCUGCCCAUGGCACGCCGACCUCGUCUGGGCGGAAACGCAAGCGCGGGGAUGGACAGCCGUCGUCGAGCUCGGCCAAGUCUGCGCCGUCGGCGAGGGACCCGUACGACCUGCUCAGCACGUCUAAGGAAUCUGACGGGCAGGCGAGACCGCCUUCGGUGCGCAGCGCGUCCACUCGCCGGUCCAGCAGCAGGCUACCGCAGGACGCCGACGAGCUCGAGGCACUGCCGGCACCGCCGAGCGUCAUGUCGCCGGUGCGCACCCGCGUGCCGUCGGUCAUGGAGGAGGUCGAGGAGAGUCCUGCGCAUGCGCCCGGCAGCGGACGCCGCAGGAGCGUGCCCCUCAGCGCCGCGGCCAGCUCGUCGACGCGACUGCUCGGCGCGCUGAGCACAGACGAUGCGGCACCCUCGUCGUCGCCUCUCUUGGACAAGUCGAGGAGGAGCAGUGUCCGCAGGUCCGGCAUCGGAUCCGUACCGACAAUCCCCGAAGACGACGAACUACACGAGCCAGUGCGUGAGCGGCAGGCGGACGACGAGGCUAUGCCGCCCGAGCCGGAGUCCGAAGACGACUCGCCGGCUGUGGAGAUUGACGCCGUGGAGGCGGCCGACGCGUUGCGCAGACCGAGACUCACUAGCAGUCCCGAGCUCGGAUCCGCAGACGUGGCGGAGGCGCCGACGUCCCGGCAGCGCGGCCGACCCAUCAAGAGCCCUGCGAAGCAGAGGCAGCCGGCGCGCAAACCCAAGGCAAAGCCAGAAGCGCCGCGUCGCAAAAGGCCGGCCAAGGACGACGGCGGCGACGAUGCCGAGGACGGCGACGCCAUUGAGAUUACGGUGCAGCGCUUCGUCAACCACAAGCGGCGCGACACUUCCGACCCGGACCCGCUGCAGACGGAGAUCCCUUUUGCCAACCGCAGCGGCGAGACAGUCGUCGACGUGUUCGCCCAGGUGUGCGAUGAGGUCAUCGCCACGACGCUCGCGCAGCUCGAGCAGCUCCUCGAAGGGGCGGACAACGCCAAGAAGAAGGAGUACCGCAUCAAGAUGCGUGCCAUUGAGGCCUACAGAGAGGAGCUCAAGUCGCGGCUGCUGCAACAUGCCACACACCUGGAUCACUGGCACUCGCUACGAAAGCAGGUGCGUCAGGCGCAGAAGGAGAAGCUGUCCCUGCGUGACGAGAUACUGCGCCUCAGAGGGGAGAGAGAACAGGUCGCACUGCGGAUGGACGCGAUCCGUGUCAAGCACGAAUCUGAAAGCCAGGCAUCGUCGCGACGGAUCAACGCCUCGACACUCAUGCACGACAUCGACCUCGCGGUCGAGCAGGGGCAAGGGGCGCCGGAGCUGUCGCGCGCAGCGCAAAAGGCAGCCGACCUAGGCAAUCUAGACGUCCUCCUCGCGCGGGUCGUCGACGAAGCCAGCUCGGCCAGCGCCGCGGGCGGCAUGCUGCGCCAAGUGAGAGAGUUCAACGCCUUGCUGGAACGCGCCGCGCUGGCCCUCGAGUCAAGAUGAGGAUCGAGAGGGUGCUGGCACGUCCCAAAAAGUGUGUAAUUAUACUGCCUAGUUAAUCUUGGCCUUGGAAAAGUCCAUCUCGGGGUGCUGUGACUGGAACUUUUUCAAAAUGUCC